CUAAAUUACUUACCGGAAGUCAGAAGUUACAGAAGCAGACGAAACGAUAGAAACGAUGUCAGAUGAAAAGCCAGAAGAUUUGAAGGCAAAGGGGAAUGAGUGUGUAAAGAACGGACAUUUCUCUGAAGCACUUCUACACUACAGCCAUGCUAUCAAACAAGAUACCAAAAACCAUCUUCUUUAUAGCAAUAGGUCUCUGGCCUUCCUCAAGUUACAACAGUACUAUUAUGCGAUGGAAGAUGCCAAGGAAUGUAUUAAGUUAAAACCAACAUGGCCAAAGGGAUUUUACAGAAAAGGAGAGGUUGAAUAUAAUGUUGGAAAUUACACUCUUGCGCAAAUGGCAUACAAGCAAGCCAUGAUGCUAGAUCCAACCGAUGAAGGAAUAAAAGAAGCAAUUUCAAGGACUACAAAAGAAGUUAACAGAGUCAGAAAGGCUGAAAGACAGGAGCCUUGGAAAUAUGCUGCUGGAGGAUUGGUGGUGGGCAUCGCUGUCGUAUUAGGGGACCAAUUCAUGACCGAGAAGCCAGCAAUUCAACACAUAGUUCUCCAGAUAGUGAUGGUGCUGGUGUUUUUGCUGCUGUCACUGCUUUUAUGGAAAGGAUUUAGGUUGAUGCGUGAUUGGCAGAAUGAUAAUUUGUUAGAACCACCUAUUGAUAUCCUUAAAGAAUUCACGGACACUGUAGAUCCAAAACAGAAUCCAGAAAAGUGUGGAGAUGAUCAAGCAGAGGAGGGAAGUACAGGCAGAAGAGGAGGAGCGCCUAAGAGGGCACAGGCAGGAAAGAGGAAAUAUAAGCUAGGCAAGUCCUCGUGAUAUUGGCUGCCUGGCAGUUUUACUCCAGUUGACUCAGUUUUGUAACUCCUUCUUAUGGGACCACAAAUUAAAGCCGUCCUCUAGUUGUUGGAGGCAUUGCCUUCCUAGAAAUGGUGUUGAUGGCAUACAUGUACUUUUCAUAAAGCAUAUUGUUGGCAGGUAGAUAGACUUCUAGUCCAUGUUAUUAAAUGUCAGACCUGAGAGCUGUGUGCAGGGUAAAGUCCAUUUGUUACUGUCAUAAACAAAAACAAACUGUUUUCACAUCAUCACUUAAAACGGCAUUAUAAAUUCAGGAGGUUAAUUUACAUGUUAUUGUUUAUUAGUUCUAUUUUAUGAAAUCCAUUAAUGGCAUGUGUAUUAUGCAUUAUAUAAAUGAAAAUUUUGCAUACCAAAGCAAUAAUAGGACUGUGUUCAGGAUUUAAAUCCAGUACAUUUAGCCACUUAUGUUUGUUUAGUGUAAGAAGGUAUGAUGCAUCAUCAAUCAGAAAUAUUGCAUAAUAUAGUAAAGAGCUCCAUUUAAAUUCAUAAUGUUUUGUAUCUUAUAACGCUUAAAAGGAAUGAUAACCUUUCAAGGCGUGCAUUCAUUUUUCAGAAAUGUUUUUUUAUAGAUCAAAAUAAAUCUUAAGUUACCUUUUUUAUACACAUUUUUAUCUUUUGUAUAAGCUUAAAAAGUGUACCGAUUGAUAAAUAAUACUGAUACAUAUAAAUCAAUGGUAGAAUGCAACUUGAGAUUGGUUUGAGAACAUGUAGUUUUAUUAUUUGUGUGGCAGACUAUAGCAUUGCAUCUUGUCCAUCAUUCAGCCAUCCCAAAUGAUGGUCUAGGCCAAAAUGUUUGAGCAGCUGAAAUUCAUAAGAUGUAUCAUAUUGUGUUGUAUACAGCUUUCACGUCAGAGUCCCUCAACAUAAGGACAUAUCGUGUGUUCAAAGGUCAUACAUUUAUAUACAAUUAUAUUUGAACUCCUCGUCUUGGCCAUUUGGUUCAGUACAUUAAAUGUUUUUCUCAACAGAUGCUAGAUCAAUAAUAAUGAAGUAGAAAUCAAGAGGUUUUCUUGAUCAUGUUUUGUAAACAGUAAUGCUUAUUAAAGUUUGUAAUAGAGCAUUUUUUAAAUAAAAUUACAAUAAAAACA